CUGCUAAUGGGAGCUCACGACAUUCUGGGCCAAAGCAGUAUGGUCGGUCUCCAUGACAACUGUAGGAGUAAUAUUGGCCUCCGUGCUCAUAUAUGGAGGCGUUUCCUAGUUUGCCAUUAUUGAAAAACCAUAUGUCUGUAAAAUAGACAAGACAUCAAAAGGCAGGAUGACAAUAGCGUUUUCUCUGCUACGGGAAUCCUAUAGUAAACAAUUAUAUGACUCGGCAGCAAUGCCAAGACCCCACCCAAACCGCAAGACUGUACCACGGAAAGAAAUAUCUAACUCCAGCAGUUACAGUAAAAGAAUGAAUGCCGCUGCUGUAUCCAGUGAAGACCCUACUUUCCAAGUUCAGGGUGUCCCCCCUAGAGACACCACAUGUUCCCCGGAUUCUCUGUUUUCCAGUAUUAGCAUCAGCAGCUCUGAAAAUGAGAAACAGACAUGGCACCACUCUGCCAACCCGAGGACCACCAUUCUCCUGUCCCUUCUCUACCUGGCCUUGCUGACUUUCUUUGGCAGUGCUGUACUCCUGGCAGAGAUGCGGCAUCACAACCCUCAAACACACAAUGUCCAGGGAUUUCUCACUGUGCUCAUGUUGACCUCUUCAGCCUGGAUGCUAUGGUUUGCAUGGACAUCUGCUAAAAACAAAAAAAUUAAAAUGUACCAGGAUCACCAGGCUGGAGCCAGCUGGUUAAAAGGUGGAUUGUGUCUUUUUGCUCUGGCAACACUGGUCCUAGACUGUUUAACACUUGGGUAUUACCACGAACUGCAUCAAUGUACCUCAGUAUUGGUGACUUCAUUCCCUAUUGUUCAGGCUGUCUUCACAGUGAUACAGGUCUCUCUCCUUUCAUUUUAUGCCAAAGUCUGUAUACAGGAGAAGCAACAUGUGAACAGGUUCGGCAUUAUGCAUGCACUAGCUACAAAUAUAUUAAUGUGGAUGAGUGUUGUCCUAGAUGAGUCUAUGAAGCACCUGCAGGAAAUUUAUGAUAUCCAGAAGAAUAAGAUGAACAUCUUAGAACCUGCCGGGGUACACACAAACAGCUGUGUCUGCACCACUGACCUGUGCCACAUCUUCUCUGAAGGAGCAGACUACUUGCACCCUUUUAAUAUUGAGUUCAGUCUCUUCUCUUCUACAAUGCUCUACGUCAUCUGGAAGAACACAGGGAAGACUAGUUGUACAGCAGCAGUGUCAGGACAUAGUAAAAUCAUACUUCAUGUUAAUGGAGCGUUUGUAGGCCUGAUUCUGGGAGCAUUUGCCAUCUCCGCCACUUUUGGAGUCAUGAUUAGCUUUGGUGUCCUUGCUAAGUCACCUGGGACUGUUCCUGAGGCAUUGCGUAUCUAUUACCUUUUCAACUCGGUGCUCUUAUCUGCAAUGUUCAUUGCCUCUGUAAUUGGUAUAGUGACAUGCAGGCUGCAGAAAGGUUUUCGCUUUGAUGACAUGUCUAAGAGUGUGGUAAGAAGUCUAGACAUAACUCUUCUGAUGGGAAGUUCUUGUGGUCCAUUGAUGGUCUCUGUGUUCUCAUUGGUGGCAAUAUUCUUCCUACACAUUGAAGGCAACCUAUACAUCUUGGAUCUCUGCUUUUCUCUCUGUAAAACUGUUCAAGUCCUUGGUCAAAACCUUUUUAUAACAGAAGCCCUUUAUUCGGGACCAGCGCACAAUAAAACCACUGCCGCAUCAAACGCCUGGGUCUGUUCUAUUUCCACCAAUGCGAGCAUAAAACAUGGAACAAGCAUCUUGCCUACUGAGUAUGACCACGUAAGCCUAAACUCAGGGUGUGGGGUAAGUGUAAAGAGUUCCAAAUUUUUGAUGGACCUGUGUACAGACAUGCCGAAAAAUCGACAGUCCAGAGCCAGUGGGGCAGAUGUUUUCCAAAAGAGGCAAGAGCUCAAGGAUGAUGAUAAGGUGCCAUUUUUUAAAACCAGAAGAAAGAUUCUGCAGAACAUAUCAAUCCUGUUAAUCUGCUACAACAUAUCGGUCUGGAUUUUAUACGCUUAUGGUACCCGGCCACACUUGGUGAGCCAAAUAGAACAGUCCUUUUACGGCUUCACACUCUGGGUGAUCAUUGUAAAGAUCUCUCUUCCGCUGGGGAUCUUCUAUCGCAUGCACUCUGUGGCCAGCUUGUUUGAAGCCUAUUGUAACAUAUGUGAAGCGGCUGCCUGAUAAGACUUUUACAAUGGCCUUGACUUUAUUCUGUUACUGAACACUAUGCUAUCAGACUCAUAUACGAGACAACUGCAAAGACUUUAUGAGAAAAAAUUUUGAUGCUGGAAUUUUACUCUUUCUUUUAUAUGGUGUUUUUAAGAGUACCACAGAAAAAUGUUACUCAGUAUGUACAUAUCAUUAUUAUGUGUCUAGCACCUACAUUUCUCUCACAAAUACCUUUUAUCUGUUGCUCACUUGGUUUGUCAUUCUGUGUUUUGGAGAGGGAAUGUCCUUACUCUGUAUGGAUUAUUUUCCUCCCUGAACCUGCUGUGCUGUGUUGGGUCUCUUCACCCAAUCACUGCAGGCUUCUUUGUAACCCCUUCCUCUCUGUUUUCAUGCUGCAGUCUUAUAGGACAGGAGUGAGCAUAGAGGAGUGCUAGUCCUAUAAGAAUAGAAAGUAAAAACAUUGGUUAUGCUAAGAACUGGAUGUUAAUGCUAUUUAGUAGGAAAAGCAGAAUCAUAUACAGGUUUAUAAACAUAGUUCAGUAUAGCGCCUGCACAAGUAUAUAUAAGGCAUUUUAUUACUACAGUUAGCACUACAGGAUACUUAUAUGAUAAUAUGAGACUUUUAAAAUAUCAUAUCUUAAAUAUUUAUAACAAGAGUUUUAUUAAAAUUUUCAGGAUUUACUCUGUAUUAUUAUUUAAUUAUAACAAUACAGUAACAUUUUAUUUUAGUAAUAAAUCAUAAUGUUCUGUUUGUAUCACAAAACUAAGUGA